AUGAGUAAUCAAAAAUCCUCAAUACCUGUUUCGCGAUUCGCACUUCUCACACCUCGCCUCAUCCUUGUGCCCACGCCAUUGGCCAUCUCUAUAGCAUCUUACGUCGCUCUCUACGCUGAUCUUCAUGCCGACGCUGCCUUCUGCGAGAUGGGAUUUGGCAGUGCUUUUCCCGUCCAAGCACGAACCCAAGAACAGAUGCAGCAAGUAAUCGCAACUAGAGAUAUCGCCCGAUCCUGGGACAAGAGAGCGAUGGGCGACUUCGCAGUGGGCUGGCGACCGAAGGACGAACUUGGAGAAAUAAAAGGUCAGCCGUUAGUUGAAUCGAGCGAGAAAGCGCAAAUCAUCCAUGAACACGAGAUGGAAAGCAUUUGUCGGACGUUCGAUGACGUCGAAUGGCUAGGUUACGCGGGUGUCCGGGACGCUACCACGACGUCUCUUCCUCCACGUGACGCUUCAGAUGCUCCACUACCACCAUGGGAAGAAAUGAUCGAACUGCGCUACGGUGUUGCGCCAGCGUGUUGGGGCCAAGGCGUAGCUCGCGAGGCCGCAGAAGCAGUCAUGCAGUGGGCGGCCACUGAGAGGGGCGUAAAACGAUUCGUCGCUGAAACUGAGAGGGGGAAUGCGAGAAGCGGGAGGGUGUUGGAGAAGAUGGGGUUUAAGAAGAGUGGCACUGGGUAUUGGAAAGAUGAAGAUGAGGUGGAGUGGGAGAGAAACGCUGCGAGUCCUUGA